GAGCGCUAAUCCUGGCCCGCUAAUUGGAAAAACUGACAUCGGUUUCCGUCUGCUGUGUAAAGAGUCCGGUGGUGCUUCCAGCUCGUUAUUUGCCAGCAGAAGGGUUUUGCAGCCCUCCUUUCUGUUUUGGGAGGGUAAUAUGACCUAAAUGAAACCAAACAUCAAGCUGUUAAAUUAGCACGGAUGGGAGCCCAGCUGUGCACUUUCCUUGAAAUCUGCUCUAGUACAUUACCCUGAACAGUGAGGCAGCUGAGGGAUUCGUUUCUGAGAAUCCUUCAAGGUUUCUCAACAAGCUGCAGCUGCAGAUCUAUAUCUGACUGUGGGGAUAAAUCCUAAAAUCUAUGUUUGCCAGUAAGGUCACGGCAGCCGGCAGAGACGUAUCGAACCGUGCUGUCAGAGGCAGGCAGCUCAGGCCAACCUUGUUCCUGGUGCAGCACUGCUAAUUCCUUUGAAGUAACACGAGGGAUGAAUUUAGUCCCUCUGCUGAGAGAUAUAUCAAUAGGAAGCAAUUUAGAUUGGGCCACUUAAAGUGCAUGUAAUACAAAAAAGAGAGAGAGAGAUAGAGACAGAGGAGUAAUGCUUCGAGGGUUCACAGAGGUUGAUGUGUGUAAGCUGGUGAGGCUGGAGCACCGCCGUCCCAGGGGAAAGUUGGGGGAAUGGGAAAUUGCCUUUUAUGGCUGAGCCUCAGGUUAGCAGGAGAGAAGGAAGGAGGCUGAGGAUGCCUGGCAGUGCUGUGGCUGCCCCCUCCAGCUGCCUGCAGGCUGUGCCAUCCCAACUGCACGCCUGGCUUGGUGCUGUCCGAGUUCAGACCUCGCUUGGCAGAGGGGAAGGAAAGGUGGCUGUGAAACCUCCUUGCUUUGUCUUCUAAAACUUCCAACUGUGUUGGAGUGGCCACAGUGGCACUUUCAGUGGAAAGUUCCUGCCAUCCUGCAGGCCAUGAGAUGCUCUGUGGGCUUGCAGCAGGGAAACUGCGUUAUCCUCAGUAGCUGUUAACAAUCCUUGCAAGUAUUUCUGAAGCUUUAGACUUUGUAAUAGUAGUAGACUGCAAAUCAUGUCCAAAAGCGAGCAGUUGUUUGCCCGGUGCAAAUUGGGAAAUGAAUAAUUGAUUAUUUUAUAAUGGUGGAAGGGAGGUGAAUGGAGGACUGGGUCAUUCAGAGCCUGCAGCCGCUUCUCCCUGGAUCUCACUCAGCGUCUCUUUUCUAUUUCAGAAUAGCUGCUGGAAAACUGCCCCGCCGUAGCCACUGACGCUAUGGAAGACCGCAUCCGCUGGCCUAGGCUGUAGGAUGGUAGCGCACAGCAAGGUGUCAGCAGACAAUGCAGUUGCAGCAGACCCGCGAUGUCUACUUGACCCUCCGGCACGGGAUCGCUCUCAGGCUCGAGGCUACCGUGGCGCAGGCCGGCCCGGCGCGGCGCAGGCACCGAGCAGCACGCACUUCCGAACCUUUCGCUCGCAAGCAGAUUUCAGUAGCAUCACUCGAGCAAGCAGCCUGCUGGAUGCCUGCGGCUUCUACUGGGGACCGCUGACCGUCAGUGCCGCCCACGAGAAGCUGAAGUCUGAGCCCGAGGGCACCUUCCUCAUCAGGGACAGCACACAGAAGAAUUGUUUCUUUGCUAUCAGUGUUAAGACCGCGACUGGGCCCACCAGCAUCCGGAUAAACUUUCAGACAGGGUGUUUCAGCCUGGAUGGCAGCAAGGAGACCUUUGAUUGUCUUUUUAAGCUGCUGGAACAUUACUUAAGCUCCCCUAGGAAGGUACUGGUUACCCCUCUGCGCAAAGUCCGUGUGCAGCCCCUGCAGGAGCUCUGCCGGAAGAGCAUCGUGAAGACUUUUGGAAGAGAGAACUUGAACCAGAUCCCUCUCAAUCCUGUUCUAAAGGACUAUCUGAAAUCUUUCCCGUUUCAGAUCUAAAUACAGCAUUAACUGUAUAGAGACAUGUGAGAGAUGUGUGAAGAAAUCCAGCUUCCUGGGUUUUUAAACAUGUUUGACAGUGAGCAAACCUAUUUUUGUAGCAACUUACUGUAUUUUGAAAUGCAGCUUGAACACUUGACUUAUUAUGUUUACAAAAACUGUUUGCACAAACCUGGGGUUUUAAAACCCUGGCAUCAUUUUUCUGCCAAGCAGAAUAUUUUAUUAUUUUAUAAUAUUUUUAAUGCUAUUAACAUAAUAAACUUUAUUGUGAUUUUUUUUAGAAAAGAAUA